AUGGUGAACGUAGCAAGUAAUCUAAGAAGCCUGUGUUUUGGAGCUUUCAAAAGCGUUAACAAGAAAUACGAGGAGGAGAAUAACGUAAGGGAGGCAGAGGAGGAAGACGAAGGGGAAGGAGAAGAGGGAGAUGGAGAAGGGGGAGGCGGUGAAGUGGUAGGCGGUGAAGUGGUAGGCGGUGAAGGAAUAGGCGGUGAAGGAAUUGGCGGUGAGGGGGGAGGUGUUUCUGAAGAAUACUGUGCAGAGGAAGGCGGUGAUGAAGAAGAAAUGGGGAGCACGCACAACCACGCGACAGAUAUUGGAAGCAGUGUAGAAAAAAACACGAAAACGGAUUAUAUGUUCGAUGGUAACAAUUGUGCGGACGCCAACGAGGAAGAUGUUACACACAAUGACCAGCAUUACCACGAGGGCGAGGAGAAGUUUACUCUUAAUGUGAGUACCGGUGGGGUUAGUUCCAGUAGCACCACUGCGACUCCCCCCUGUGAAGUCAAAGCGGAUGACCCGAGUUACUGCACCAGUGGCAGCAACCGGCGGGAGCGAAGUUCCAACUUAAAUGCCGCCGUGUUUGAAGAGACCCAUAAAGGGGCAAAUAUAUUUAUUGAGAAGAACAAGGGAAAUUCCAUCGAUCACAGCUUAAAUGCAGAUGUGAACCUCAGCACAGAUGCAGACAUGGGUCUCAACGUGUUCAAAAAUGCGAGCUUGUACAACGGCACGAACAUGUGUGGUGGUCCCGACAUGUGGAGCAGCUUCAGCGCGGGCAACUCCAUCGGCGCUGGAAAUCCCGCCAGCACGCUCAGCAUCGACGCGUAUAACAACACGAGCUACCUCUACUCGAGGGAAGCCCACUUACGUAACGACGCUGCUGAGGAUAAGAAGGCGGAGAAGGCGAUAGCGACGACGAUAGCGACGCCGACAGCCCUGAAGGAACUCCGGAAGGAAAAUUACAGCGCAGAGGAAGACUGGGGCGAUAAAAGUGAAAGCAAAAUAUAUAAUUAUCGCACACCAGAAAAUAUAAUGCGAAAGAAAAUAAAUGCACACAGGGGCAUCCAUGACUCUGCAUUAACAGCCAAUUCAGUUCAUGUAGAAAGGGUACUAAUGGAUUAUUACCGAGGAAAGGCUAACACUAAAAAUUACGAAGAAAAACUGUCCAAUUCAUGUCGAUUCUUCAUUUACACAUCAAAUCCGUAUAACUCUGACAUCAAAAUGAUUAAGGAGAAUUGUUUGACCAUAUAUCAACUUCUAUAUACAGAAAAAAAAAAGUGGUGCUCUAUCUAUAUUUGCACAAAUGAUGGACCUAUGUCAAAUUUUAAUUAUCAUUUAUAUAAAAUUUUGUGCGGUAAGGAAGACAUCUACAUGUAUUUUUUUCUGUUGAAGAAGUUUAUAUUUUCUUGUUACAUAUAUUUCAAUUUAGUGAGCAUAAAGAUUUUUUCAACCUUUACCAACAAGGGGGAAAAUAUUAUGCUUUACGACUUUACGCACAUAAUAAACCGGAAGGAUACCUUUUUAGGCGAGUCUUCCGGUGGCUCUGGUACUCCUUACAGCUGCGGGGGUCUCGGACGGGAGAUGCCAACCCUGCUGGAGACCGGUCGGGGGAGAAGCCCGUCCCCCAACGGAGACACAAACGGACAUCACGCCAACCCGUUCGGCCCAACCACGUGGGAAAACCAAGCGGAGGAGUGGAGCCGAGAAAUAGAAACCCCCCCACAGAGGAACAGAAGCAGCAUAUACAACCUGAGUAGCGAAAACAACAAAAAUGAAGAAGAGGCCCAAUUUCUAAAUUUUCUAUAUGACCCGUGCAAGCAUUUAUAUGCUAACAAAAUGAAUGCAAGUCAAAAUUAUUUUCACUUUUUUAAUAAGGAGCAACCGCCAAAAAAAAAAAAAAAACUGCAGCUUUUUAUUAGUACUCACUCUCCCACCAUGAUUAAUAUCACCAAAAAAUGGAACUCCUUUUACAUUAACAAAAAUAAAAUUUCUUCCUUUGUUGAGAAAUACAAAGACGUGAAUUAUUCCCCUGGAGAUAAUUUCAAAAAGAAUGGCACGGAGAAGUUUAUAAAUGAAUUUGUGGAAACAUUUUGUGACAUGAGAGACGAGUUGCGACAACCUGGGGGGAACAAAACCAACGUGGUGAUUCGUCAACAUGGUAAAGGAAUGCAUCCUCGGAGGGGACGUACCUCCAGAAAAGCCUUCAGUUGGAUGGCGAAGCAUGGAAGAGGGAGACCACCUAUAAGAAAGAAGGAAUAUGACGCGGGGAAUACACCUUGGCCACACAAACUCAGGAGAGCUGUCACUACUGUAGACCAAAGUGCGGAGAUGAGCGACAAAAACUACAGUCGUGGUAGAAGCGGCAGAUAUGGAGACCGCUUAGGAAGAAGCUACGGGCAAGUCGAUGAAAAAGCAAGGAGUGUAUCCACGGCGGGGAGCACGCACCAUUAUACGGGUGGGAAGUUCGAAUGGAGGAGGGAUGAAACUGCAACAGAGGGGAAGAACCCUUCCAAUGCACAGAAACAACCUGAAGGGAAUCCCCCCAGUAAGCACGCCAACAUGAAGACGCCCCAGUCGAACGAAAGCAAAAACAAGAAAACUUCCCCCCCUGUGGUGGAACCAAACAGGGUACCCAAUCAUACUCCCUCUUCGCAAUGGUACAAGGGAGGCAGAAGCACUUCGGGGUGCACUGCGGAGGUUAUUGCUAAGUUCCUGGGGAGUGUAAACAUUAGGAAAAGUGGCAUGCUGCUGCGUAGGGGUGCUGGAAGUAGCGGUAGCGACAGUGAUAGUGUCAGCGCGAGGGAGAGCGACUCUAACGAGGAUAGUUGCGAUAGCGAUGAGCAGAACACCGAGAGUGAGUCUGCCUACGAGGGGAGGAAAAAUAGCAACAAUGGGGAAGGGGUGGCCGCAAGGGGGGUGGAAAAUGGAGCUGCGAAAGGAGCGGACGGAAGCCCGCGCAGCAAGGAGCGCUCCCGUAACAAUAUCUUUUUAAACAAUUUAAACAUACUGAUAACGGAUUUGAACGAGCUGUAUGAUUAUUUGGAGAACAGCCGGUACAGGGAGGGGGCGCGUGGCGUCGGCGUGGGGGUGAAUAAUAGCUUCCUCGCCAACGACCCCAAGGGGAGCUACUACUACAACUUAGUCAAGGGGGACAAUGGGGGGGGUGAGCCGGAAGCAGCAGAGGAGCCGCAUCAUGCGCACCAGGUGCAGCAGGUGCAGCACGGGGGAGCACUGAGCAGAGGGGGCGAUUUGAACAGAAGGUUCAAAUCGGAGAGGGACUUGGCCAACUUAUACACCACAGGCGCAUCAUGUGUAGAUGGUACCUACAGCGAUGCACCCAACAGCGAAACGAGCAACACAUACGGAAGCGGGAAGGAAGAUUUUUACAACGUGGAAAUUUCUUCAGUAGAUUUGAAGAGCUUCUGUUCUGUGUGCUCAGGAAUUCAAUAUGAUAAUUUUGAAAAUCAUUUAAAUCAACCCAAAAAUUCAAAUUAUAAAAAAUUGGAAGUUUUUAUGAAAGAAAGUGACUUUUUCUGUAAUUGUAAUAACAUUAAUAUUUUUCAAAAUGAAAAUGGGAACCCUAAUGAUGAUUUAAAAUUUUGUUUCAAUGGAGAAAUGACUUCAGAAGAAUAUUACAUGUUAAGAAAAAAUGAUAUUGAAAAAAUGAACAGGACUAUAGAUGAAAUUAUUUAUAUGAAUCAUCAACAGGGACUGGGAAGCGCAGGUGGAGGCACAGACGGAGGGUUACCAUAUGAGGAAGAGGAAGAAGAAGAAGAAGAGGAAGAGGAAGAAGAAGAGGAGGAAGAAGAGGAGGAAGAUGAAGGGAGAACUAAAGUCGUUGUAAGGACUAGAAGAAGAUCAACGAGUGUUGGUGGAGGAGGGGUAGGUAUAACUACCGGCCCUGGAAGACGAAGAGGACGUGUGGCCAAAAUGGAACUUAAAAGUAGAUACAUGGGAAGAGGAAAAAAUAAAAUAUGGGCCAAUAACACUGGGACGAAAGACUUAAGCAACAAAUCAGCAACGAAUCGAGAGCUAAGAAAUAUGAGAAGAAAUAAAUUUGGAAAAUAUCAUCAACAGACGGAAAAAAAAAACAAAAUUGCGAAAUCGUUGUCGUCUCCACAAAAUUAUGAAAUAAAAUCGUCAAGAGUUAAGAAGCUAGAAAAGUUUACUAGUGUUGAUCAGGAAAAUCUGCGAGAGGUUUUUGGACCAACCGGCGUUUCUGGAGUCUAUUUUGAAAAAAGCAGAAGCAGCUGGACAGCCCAGUAUAAAGUUAGCGGUGGUAAGAGGAGAGCCAAAAGAUUUCUGGUUACCAAAAAUAUGACUUACGAGGAAAUUGAAAAUGUCAAGCAACAGUGCAUAGCUUAUAGGAAGCAAAUGGAAAAGGAAUACAUCAAGGAAUUUCUCAACGACGAAAAGAAGAAGACCCCUUCCAGUGCCGCCAGCCCCAGCAGUGCGAUUGGACAUGUGUCGGUUAAAAAGAACAAGCGGAAGAGGAAGAUGAAGAGCUUUUAUGACAACUAA